AUGAAUUCAUUGUUUUUGUCUCCUAGCACAUCUAGUGUAACUUUGUCAUCAAGACUUUUUUCUGCCUCUGCUUCAACGAGAUCAACAACCUCAGAACACUAUAACAAAGUAGUGAAGGAGAAAACGAAGUGCAAGCAGUCUACUUCCAAAUCCACUGACGCUGGGAAAAAGGAGAGAAUAGAAAGACGAGAAACAAAGUCUUGUCCAAGCCGUUCAGUAGAUGCAAAGGUUGACAAAAAGAAAGACAAGAAAAUCGAUGUAGAAGAGGUUCCACGGGCCAUGUCUGUCUUUGGCAAAUACAAUGGGAAAGGCUCGGAAUGUAAGCCCACAGCUUGGUUUAACUUUCCCCAGGAAACAAGCGUCGGUGUUAUUAAUUCUUUUGUUUGUGAUGCAAUGAAUGAAAAGCCAAUGUGCUAUUCGAUAAAUGUCAAGAAAGGAGAAACUGUACCAAAUCUAUUACGGCAUAACUUGGAAGUCAGGGUAGGGCAAAAUGGUGUUAUCAGGACACAGAGAAAGAAAGAUACAGUGAUGUCUGAGGUUUGUCAAGUAGAUGCUAGACAAGGAAAGAAAAGGACUGCCCCUUUAUCCUGGGAAGAACAGCUUCAAUGGCAUGAUGUAAGUAUUGCUGGGUAGCAGGACUCAAAAAAACUUGAAUUACAGCUUGCAGCUCUCAUAUUUUGCUUGCACAGGGCCACUUCUUGCUGGUCUAAGUUAAUGAUUUUGCUAUAAGAUGACUUCCUUGCUCAGCAAGAAAAUCUACUUGUCCUAGGACUGAAAAAUGGAUGGGACUUUUUUCUGGCUGCUGCUUCUCCCUCACUACUUUUGAGGAGGAGAGAAGGGAUAGGCGUAAAUAUGUUUGCAUUUUAGGGCUCUUACAAAGCCUCAUUCAGUCAUCCAGGGGAAGUAGAUUUUCUUGCUGGGCAAAGAUUGAACAUUUUACCUCUGGUGAUCAUUUUAUUUGUAAUGUCCACUCAUAAUAGCUACUUUAAAAGCACAAAACUCAUAUCCAUUCUGGACUCGGACUUUAAUCAACACUGCUUACACGUUACACAGAAAAACGGUAUAAGAAAGUCAUCACAGAAUGAUUCGCUGAAACAGAAAUGAGGUUAUUACUACAAAGGCGAUAUGACUGAACUAUGACCAACUAAAGAUGCGUAUUUACAAGUUGUUGUGCCUCUGAAAGUGAACAAAACCUGAUCUCAUAACAAAACAAUAACAAAUAUGUGCUCUGUGGGAAAGUGCACCCUCGAUCUUUAGGUAUGCGGUCACCACUUCGUGUAACAUGCUCAUUGUCUCCAACAUUAUUGAUUCCCAUAACUUUUCUCUUGAUGACGUAUUGUAAAGGUUGUUAAGAGAGAAUUGAUGUUGAUCACUCUUGAGGCUUGAAGGUUGAGCUAACUGUUAUUUUUCUGACCUAAGACCAGUAGGUGACCAUGUCAUGAAUAAUUUCCCAUAAUUUCAACUAUGUACAAUAAUUUAUGCACAAAUAUAUGAGAUGCAAAAUCGCCAAUAGCAAAAGAUUGUGAUGCAAAAAGAGAAAAUAGAUGGGGUUUGAAUUAACUCAAGUCAUAUUUCACACCUCCUUGAGAAAAGAAUCAGUUUUUAGAGUGUUAAUUUGCAAUAAGAGGUUCAACUCAUUAAUUCCUACUUUAUUUUACAGGCAUGUGUUAUUUCAGCAGAAGCACCUACAGAUAAAAGUGCAUCUUCUGAGGUAAAAUAAACUUUUAAGAGAUAUUAAAAAAUGUUUAAAGUUUCACAUUUGUUUUCUAGAAUGAUAACCAUUUUUUUCUAUUUAAGGGCCUGAGAGAACAGCCAACAUUUUGUAACACCCCCACUGGUUUUCUGUGCAAAAUGACAUCUGAGGAAUGGCUACAACUACACGGAUCUGGCUAGUGCUUUAGAUCGGUUGUGACAAUGAUAAGGGAAAUUUUCUUCAACCAAUCUAACCUGUUCCAGGCUCCAAGAUAGUCGGGUCCACGGGGAUUGAGAAAGCGCAACAUAAAAAUAAAAUAGGAGGAAACGUUCUCUUUCGCUUCUUCCCCACUCUAUCUUCCCACUAUCUCAUUCUGAGAGCCUGGAACAGGCUACAACCAACCAGAAGCACUGUCAAGAUUUGGAUGGUGACAAGUCAUUAGUAUGGAAUUUAUGGGCUUGUUCCAGACAGAUGUCUUUUUACAGGGAAAAUCCCGAAAUGUCAGGUGUUGUCGGUCCAGUUGUGGAUCUGUUAUGGGUCUAUAAGUGUUAAUUUGUUUGUGUGCUGGCUUCAAAAACCACUUUUUCCUAUGAUGCUCACACAAGAAAUUAUUUUUUGCAGAUAAACAGCUCUGUUUUUGACAUAAAUUUUUCUUUUUCAUGAUUUUAAACCUGCAGCUAUUUUUAAAAGUGAAAAAUUAGUUGUCGUUUUUUGUAAAUUUUCUAGGUGAGGGUAACUCAGGGAUUAAUGCUUAACAAAUCUGGGUUCUUGAAUUUUUAAAACAUAGGCAUUAAUAAAUUUUACCUAAACUUGUUUUCAGCUUUAGAUUCAAGCUUGGUUUUCACUAUUGCCUUAAAAAUGCCUAAGUGAAAGAAUAAGAGUCCUUGUUAUAUUCCUAGACUUUCACUCAAUUAAAAAGGGACUGCCAUUGGUUGAUUAUUGGUGACGUGCCCUUGAAUAAAUUCAAAUGUAUCUUGGUCUUGUAACCUACCAACGUAGAUGUAUUUCUGGUCGUCGCUUCUCUCGACCCUAGACUAGACGUUAGGGAGCUUUAGCAACAACGACGGCGACCGUCGGACGGCAACGAGAACGGCAAAAAAAACAAUAGGCUUGAUUAGCAAAACAACAACUUUGCACGUGUAUCACACUUUUUGGUACAUUUCUUUGCCUUUACUGCACGACUACGACGUGAAAAUGCCUAAUUUUACGAUUUAUGGAGAACGUGAACAAGCGACGACGAAUUUUCCUUUCUCUUUCAAAGCUUGAGUCCGGUCCCCAAGAAAUCAACUGCAGUGAAAUUCGCCCACAUUUGACAUUUUCAGUGAAUUGGAAUAAACGCGACUAAGUUUGAAAAAACGCCGGCGAAUUCAUUUUAAAAGUGACUUUUUCGCUGCCGUCGCCGUCGUCGAUGCUAAAGCUCCCUGUUAUUUUUCGGGUGGAGAGUAGCGAUGACUGGAAAUACGUCUAUAUUCACAGGCUACUGAUCAUUCUGCUCAGGAUACAACAGCACGUGAUAAAACCAUGAUGGAAAGUGCAGUGACAUGAGACACGGAAAACACUGACAGUUUUCACUCUGGUGAAUGUUUACAACAACACAAACAUGACGCCUUCAGCUGAAGCCUCAAGCAAAGUUAAAGCAUGCCUUCUGCUUGCGUUGCAUUGCUAGUGAAAACUAUGCUGUUGAAAGGUUAACGUAGAUCGAGGGGUUUCAUCAUCGGACUUUCCCAUAAAGAACUUAACAUUUACCGGUACGAGGACAUAAUUAAUUAAUGAAUAAAUUAGCAACGUUCAACCGUUUUUAGCCCAAACAGUUAUCAGUGGAGUCUGUUUAGAAUUUGUGGUAAUUAAAAAUGAUAAUAGGAAUACUGUAAUGACUGAAUUAAAGAAUUGAACUGAUAAUGUCCUUACCCCAUAAACAUCUAUAAAAGACAUUGCUAACACUUUAAUUUUCUACAUUUUGACUCAUCCAGUCAAGCGAUCAUAGAACUACAUCAGCGGGCGAAGUAUAACGUUUGCAUUCAUUCUUUUUCAAACUGUUAAAGGUAAAUCUCAGGUUUGUGGAAAUUGAAUACUAAACUUUUAGCAGUGUAAGCAAAAAAUAUUUAUUAUUAUAACUUAUAAAACUUAAAAGUGUGAAGGGUGAUGCGGGUGGGUAGAUUUUGUCCCCAACACUUAUCACAAAAGAGUGUUUUCAGGUCUUUCACCAUGAUAUAUCUACAAUACAACUAAUAUUACAACUAAUACCCGUUUUUCAAAUAGUAAAAAAUAAAAAUUUGUAUUGUAAACUCUCUAGACUAUACAUGCAAGUCCCUUGCAGCUUUAAAUCAAAAUGAAUGAGGCAAAGCAAAUAAUUUGGGGUUAAACAGCCUUAAAGCAAAAUUAAUAAAGUAAAGCAAAUAUUUUUAGGUUAAAUAGAAUAUUUAUGGCGUAAAAACGUGACGAUGAUGAUAAGGAAGUCGGUGAUUGACGGGGACAAUGGCGGUGAUGAUGAUGAUGAUGAUGAUGAUGAUGAUAGGGACCUUAAGCAAAGACGACGUCGACGGCAGUGAAAACAUCACGAAAAAAAUGAAUUUGCGUCUUUUCAAACUUUAUCGCGUCUAUUUGGAACCGCUCAAUUCGUCAAAUGUGGGCGACGUUUCCUGGAGUUGAAUUCUUAAGGGCUUUAUCCAUGUUCAAAUAGAGAAGGGAAAAUUGUCGUCGUAUGUCCACCCAUGUCCUCCAUAAAACGUCGCAUUGGGAGGUUUCACGUCGUAGUCGUGCAGUGGACGUCAAAGAAAUGUACUAAAAAGCGUGAUGCACGUGCAGAGUUGUUGUUUUGCUCAUAGAACCAAUUGUUUUAUGACGUUGUUGUUGUUGUUGUUGUUGUCGUCGCUGCUUAAGGUCCCUAAUGAAGAUGACCACGACGACGACAAUGAUGAUGAUAAUGAUGAUGAUUAGAUUUAUUAGAAUUAUAAGUAACAACAGACCAGACAUAAAACAUGCAUGUGAUUUCGGACUUGUUCCUAUUCUUUUCAGAACUUAUGCGAAACACAUCCAGUUGUCUUUCACGCGACGAAACCAAGGGAACAGGAAAAAUGUUCGAAAGGAGACGAGGUUAAAAACCAUUCAUCGACUUACAAAGUGGGCUUAGAGAGCCGCUGGGUUUAUCCAGAUCGAAGAAACUUAAUUUCUUCGGUCGAGAAGUGUAUUAUCUCUGUCGAAGUCGAGGAUACAAGAAGCGGGGACAGGAAGGAUACUGGUGAAAGAAAAUGCCACACUCAGAAUCUUAGCGGAAAUGAAACGACGCAAGAUUUUAACCUUGUUGAGAGUAUUUCAAAGAAAGUUAGUUUCGAGGACGAAGGUACCGUUGCUAGUAAAACUAUCACAGAUGUAACGGAGAAAGAUUUAAGUGAUAAAAGUAAAAAGGAAAUGUUGGAGGAAGAUACAAAGACUUCAACAAAAGUUGAUGAUACUAGAAAGAGCAAUUUUCAACCGGACGUUGCUGGGAAAGCCCGCCCGAAGACAAGUCACGAGAGAUCGCGAAAAGAUGGCGAAGAAGCGACAAUGGACAUUGAGAAGCUGCGACGACCGCACACAGCUCCGGCUGCUCCUCCGUCGAGCCCUAGAGUUUACUUUGAUUCACGAUUUAAUAAUUGCGUUCCCAUCAAAAUACCAACUUCGCAAGGGGAGGUUGAAAAUAGCAGCAGUUUUUUGUCAGUGGACAAUCAAGCAAGUGAAGAAAAAGACUCGUUUAUUGAGCUCAAUCAAAGCUCAAGUUCCGAAGAUGAAAACGAAAAUGAUUACGGUAUAGGUGAGGAUUGCCCUACUUUUUCAAUACAAGUAUCACCGAGUUCUUGUGAAAAAGGUGCCUUCCAAGGUGACGGCGCCACACCGAUAAAACGGGUAACGUUUUGUAAAUCAGCGCCGAUCGUAAGAACUGUACCUCGGCUUGAAAAAGCUAGAGUCCCGCGGGCGAGGUCGUCGAGUUCAAAUAGACCCCCUCAGCCGAUUGUUAUUGAGGCGGAAACAGCACUGGAGUUACCCAAACAUCUACCGCCCGCCCAAGCACUUGUAGCUCUGAGGAAGAAAAUUCGCGACGAUUUAGCCCAUCAGAAUCAUGAAUUGCAAUUGGAUAUUCAACAGUUGUACUUGAGAAAACAUUUAGAGUAG